AUGGACAGCUGUGCUCCUUUUACGCGACCCGAAGAAGUAUGUUAUGUUUUACAAGGUUCCAUUUUCUAGAAAACUGCUGAACAAAUUGAGGAAGAGAAACUCCGUUCAAAGUACCCGAAUCUUAUAAAGGGGCCAUGCCUCUUACAGAAAAGGCUGAACAAAAAUGUUAGUGCCUUCCUCUUUUGCAUAUUACAGCCUCCUAUGUAUUAAAAUGCGCUUGACCUUAAAGUUCUCAAGUUCUUGUGUCGCGUUUUCUUUUUAGUUAGUUCAUCACAACCUGCUAGAUGUAGAUUUCAUAUCAAAGUUUUUCUCACCUAUAGUCUAGGCUGCAGCCUUGACAAUUAUGUAUUUGCCAGCGCUUCUAAGAAAUUUCUAAAUUUUUAACGUUUUUUGUCCCGUUGAUUCGAACAACCACGUGCAAAGCGCAGACAUUCCCCCUUGAACUCAUGUCAACAACGGAAUACAGACUGCGUUCUAACCAUUGGCCCUUACACAAGAUACUAGAAGGUUGCUGACGAAAUGACCGUCAAUCGGUUUUAAGUAUGUUGUCUUGUUGCCUCUGCCUUUCCAGUCAAUAGAACCUAAGCGCUAGGAAGUGACAUCAAGCAAGCAGAAUUCGUGCAGUCUAGCAACCAGUCUAGUCCACUAAUUUCCCAAACCCAUCAUACGUACUAUUUCGGCCCAUUUUACAGAGCCGAUGCCUCGGAUCGUUGGAAUUCAUCAUUGCUUAUAUUUCACUAACUAUCCUAUCGGCGAGUGUACACAUGCAGUGGCGUCACUAACGUCUCUGCUGUUUACGUAUGUACCCCAAUCUCGACUGCAGGCCGUCAAGCGCAAAUGCCUCCACAAUUGUAAAAAGAUGUCAAAAAUCUUGUAAUAAUUUGACUGGACCAGGUGAAUCGUCAAAGUACUACCUUAUUGUCCCCGCUAGGCUUGGUUUUUCAUGCGAUGGUAGGAGACCUGCCAUCUCCCCUAAAUAGAAUCGCAUGUCCGUUAGCAGCACUGAGAGCACAUGCCGACCCGGCACUUGUAGGUGUGUGCUCAACCAGAUUGAAUACAUUUUAUUCAGUCCAAGGUUUUCUAACAAGAUGAAUGACGGCAGGCUAAUGCGUUACACAAUGUGUGAGAGCAUGUUCUCGCCCGUGCACGUCUUAAGAUUUGCUUCUCAUCCGUACCCAAAAAUACUUCGUCUCAGUCACCUUGGUCUGCUCAACUGCUCAAUACAGACUCUAAACGCAGGAAUUCUUCCUCUCUCGCUCUCGGUAACUCUCUUUCUCACAUCGUGCAGCCCAUCUCAUAGGGGAAUGCAGCGGUAAAUGGUCUGCGCGCUUUCCCUGUCUCGCCCAGCGGCACCGCAAUGAUUGGAUCGAUCUGUCCUGACCGCUGACAUUAAAGCUCCAAUUAAUUAAUCCUCCACUCAACAUAAGAUGACUACAGCGUUGAUUAGAAAAUGCUGCAAGAAGUAUUUGACCGAGCUUUUGGGAUUCGUGGAGCUAAACUUGUUUUGACUCGGUACAACUGUGAUCAUGCCAGAUUUGGCCAGUCUCGAUGAUGUUGCGUGGAGGUCCGUGAUAGCAGGCCUAAAGUAUCAAUAAAGUUCAGAAACUCUAGAAACAUUCUAAACUAUGUUAGGAGCUGUGUCCUAGUUAACAUAAUGACCUUCCAUAUUCACAGCGUAAACUGCCUGGGCAUAGUAAUCAGUGAGGCGGGAGUGUGCGUGCAAAUACUGCCUUUGUUGAUAAUGUUUAUGAGUCUUAUGUCCAAAUAAUAAUCACGCCAACAAUCACAGAUAUUGACAAAGUUACGGCCCGCAAAUGAAGGCAGCCAAGCAGUUAUCGCGCUGAGUACGACUAUCUCUGAGGCGCGCAGUAACCGCUAAUUCUGAUAAGUGUACGGUCGUACAAAAAUUUCAUCCCAUGAAUACUGCACCACCUGUGUGUUCAUUGCCCUUGUAUGCUGUUGCCUUUGACUACGGGUCUCAGUGUGAAUCUAGAACACCAGACAAAUAACAUUCUUGUUCCAGCGAUCGUCUCUCCUUUGACUGACGAUGCCAAGAAUAACUCUGGACCACACUAUCACGUCGCAAGCAGAAAAGAAAGCAGGUCUGACUUGUCGCAAGUGUGAACAGUCGAAUCACAUCAAUUGCAGUGAUUUUACCCGAAGAAAAACACAGGGGCUCCUUCCUCUGCAAAGUUCGAGGCAAGCUUUUUGGAGCCUAACGGGGUGUGCAGCGCUAUGACCGUGGAACAGUGGUACACGUGCAGUGUCUGAGGUUAAGUCAUGCUGGUCCGACAGCGUCCAUUACGGAUUAAAUGUGUGUGUAUGUCACAGCCGAGCACUGCGCGGGCAGUGGUCGCUCAAUGGGCUCCACCAUUGGAGUGCAAGUCGAUGUUGAUACAAUCAUUGCACCAAACGGGGUUGACUGAGGAUGCCCAAGGAUGGUACGCAGCAACAGCACAUUCCUUCAGUGCUCAGCUGGCGGGAAUCUCUUCUCCACAUACUGUGUCGGACCAGAUGUACAAUUCUGCAAGGAAUCUGGAAAUGCUGACAGUGCAAACAAACACCGAUGGGCAUGACCACCCUGACGCAAAUUCGCAAAGAGAUCUCUGCGGUUAGUUUGGUCACUGACAGUUACAAAGACUUCUGAGGGAGGGUGGAGGGCGCGCGUCGUUUCAUUUGCAUCUGCAGUUAGUCCGCUGAGCACAUGCACUGUCACACCAGUAAUCGCACUGACGCUGGUUCUAGUGGCUUUGGAGUGGGUGUAUCGGUUUCAUGCUCAGGCGGGAGCCUAAUUAAAUUAGGUACUCCGAGCAGGAAAUCAACGGCCUCGUCACCUAUCCUAGUCUAAACUCCGACCGGUCCAGGAGAGCGUCAAUAACAAUAAGCGACAUAGAUGUCCCAGAGGGUUUUUGAGAAAAGGAAAAAUUGGUAGUGGCUCGCAUUCAGGAACCUAAAUUAGUUGGCAUACUUUCCGAAUUCGGACAUUUAGAUGAUCUUCAAGAGGUCACCAAGAACGGUGAAAGCCAAGGUCGGGGCUUUUUAAUGCUGGCGCACCACGACCUUAUCUGCCAUAUGAUUGCACUUCAGGAGGACCUCACCGGCCUGGAGGUGUUGUAAAUUGGUAUGCGGCUUCUGGACGAGAAAUCUCUUACCUCAACUAACAUGUACCUCCCAUCAGCUACCUCCUACGUACCAAGGAGUAAUCCCAACAAACAGUCUACCGGCGAUUGACGAAAUAAAACGCUAACUAGACCUUAGUAAGCCAGCCUUCCACUUAACGAUGACUCAUUCACUAGGAGAGACCUGGUUAUCGGGAGCCUGGACGCUGACAGACCAGUGCUUCUGGUGUGUCCAGACUAGUGUUUCAUCCUGCCCGAUGUGGAUCUGCGGACUGCGAAUCUCGAAAGGUCCAAACACAUGUUCUGGACAGCAGCGGUUUCCUGCUGUCGUUGUUCUCACGGGAAGUGGAUGAUCGGUCUGUUACCAUCUUAGAUUUCUCAGAGGACUCGUACAACCUGUUUACUUGCUGUGCUUUCGCGAAGAAUUUGCGAAGAGCAAGUUCAGAAGUGUGGGCAGAACCUGAUGUGAUGCGCCCGCACUUAAUCAACCUCUUCGGUUCCGUUUGUAUAGCUUCACUUGCAUGUGUAACCUCUUCUAGCACCCUACAAUUAUGUAACAAUCUUGGCAAAUGAUUGAUAUUUGUCCUCUGUGAAGGCUUGAAAAGUCUCCAGGAGAGCUGGAGUCCAUUGUGUGUGCGUCGUUCACCGAUCAGGUAACUGAUUAUUUUUGUCCUGCGGCGUCGUGGAACUCAGUCUGGAGUCCUCAUAGUCUGUCAUGGUAGUGGCGGAAAAAACAAAAAGGAGGAAAACUUUAACGACUAUUCACGGCCUUUUGGCCGUCGUUAGCGUUUAUCGUUGAACUUAACGCCCAGUGUCAACCAAUUCAGGUUAUCAAAACCCGGGGUUGAGAUACGACCUCUUGACGACUAGUUAUAAACCAGAAAUGCUCGCUCCAGUCGCACAUAUUCUUGUUAGCACUCCUGCAUAGUUACCGACAAUCUAUCACCAUACCAGUCUGACCAUCAAUGGUAGUGAAAAUGCGAUUCCCGGGUGGCAUAUCAAAAGAUGAGGAGGCGUUCACCGGGGAGGUGUAUUUGGGGUCUGACGUUUCGGGUAGUCGUUUCUUCUACCCAUCUUCAGAGACUGAGCAGUCGUGCACACAGCUUUCCUUUUAUGGCGCACUUUGUCAAUGCCUGGCCCACCAAUGCCGCCUGUGUGGCUGCAUCCUACCCGCAUGUCACCGUGACCUGAAUCCCGCCUAUUUUCCUCGGCUGUGGUGAUAAUUGGCGGCCCCGAUUGUCCCGCGCCGUCAAGAAUGUCCGUAAAACCAGAUAAGGGGGGAGGUAAAUUGAUGUGGCGGUUGACAGAACAGUCGGUAGACAUCCAGGCUUCUUUCACCUGCCUUGCCGUAUGAUCAUCACCUCGGCCCACAAUUUCAACGGGGGACAGUCACGGUGCGGGACAGUCGGGGCCGCCAAUUAUCACCACGGCCGACGAAGAUGGGCGGGAUUCAGGUCACGGCGACAUGCGGGUCGGAUGCAGCCACACAGGCGGCCUUGGUGGGCCAGGCAUUGAAAAAAGUGCGCCAUAAGAAGAAAGCUGUGUGCACGACUGCUCAGUCUCUAAGAUGGGUAGAAGAAACGACUAGUCUGACCAUCUUGAAGGGCGAGGUGAUGGGAUGGGUCUACCCAUCGUUUGUGAUUAUGAUUGGUAAGAUUCUCCAAGUUACUCGUGAUUGGGCUGGGUCUUAGCUCGCUGAUCAUUUUCGUGCGGGGUAUCAAAUGAUGUCGCAAAGGUGUAUUGUACUUGUGGACCACUGAACUUAUUUUGGCUGCCCUUCUGUACUUCGAAACCUGCCUGUCAUGCGUUAUGUCUGCAUAGGAAAGAGCUGUCGUCAAUUCCCUUCUACUCCAUAACCUGAAUGCGCGCCCUUGUCUUGUCGGUAUAGAUAAAGUACUUCGACUCUGGCGACUAUAACAUGGCCAAGGCUAAAUUGCCCUCGAAGACCCCAGCCACCUCGGCCAACCCAACGACCGUCGUAACGGACUUAAGCGCGGCCAUCCCGGAAGUCUCAACUGGCGAUACCAUUCCUACCCCGGACAAUGUGCCUGCGGUACGCAAGAAGACUAUGCAGGCCAUGAGCGCUGCCGAGCAUGGUGCAUGUCGCCUGCCUCCCGGUUCGCCCACCAAGCCCGCUGCGGAAUCCGCUCUCUUUACCAGUGGCCACUAA